AUGAUUGACAAAGAAGACCAAGGGGUCAAACCAAUACCCAGGGUGGCCCAACAACCUUCUGUUGUGUUAGUCAAUAGAAAUCAAGAUCCCGACCAGAUGGUCAGGCAGGUUCGACAGAAUGCAAUGGCUGGUGAACAAAAUUUAGAUGCCAUUGUUGAACGAAUCAUGGUUCGAAAUGGGGUAAACCCACGCCUUCAAAGGCCAACGUAUUCAUCUCUAUUACCAGAUUUUGUUUUACAAACAAAAUUACCUAGGGGAUGGAAGGUUCCAAAGUUCACCAAGUUCGCCGGAGACACUGAAGAGUCCACUGUCGAACAUGUUGCUAGAUAUCAAACCGAAGUUGGUGACAUAGCAAACAAUGUGGACUUGAAAAUGAAAUAUUUCCCAAGUUCCUUCACAAAGAAUGCGUUCACUUGGUUUACAACACUACCUCCACAAUCCAUCCAUAUGUGGAUGCAAUUAGAGAGGUUGUUCCAUGAACACUUCUACAUGGGACAGUCGAAAAUAAGUUUGAAAGAACUGGCCAGCAUCAAACGAAAGACCAUUGAGUCAGUCGAUUAA